AAAAAAAAAAAAAAAAAAGAAAAGGUGAAGUGUACACCUUUUUGUUUCUCUUGGUUUUUACAUAGACACUGCUUGCUUGAUGGAUACUCUUCUCUUUUUGCUCGUCUACUCAAGUGAUGAUCACUCGCUUACUUGCUAUUUCUAACGGUGGUUCAUGCUGUAUUUCUCAACACCUCUUUCUAAGGGGAGGGCAAUCAUGUCGAUGAUAUUGUUCUAUCUGUACAGUAACGUUUCCUCCUAUCCCUUCUCUACAAGAUCAUUGGGACGAGGGGCUCAACCUAUUGGCUCCUAUAGAAGUGCCUAUCUCUCUACCUAUCUAUCUAUCUAUCUAUCUAUAUUUAUCUAUAUGCAUUUACAUCUGUGUUAUAUAAAAGUCUUACAGCAGGAAAAAGGGUCCUUCUUUCAUUUCCAACUCCUCCCACAUAAAACAAAAAAGAAAAAAAAAGAUACUACUUGUGCAUUUCUACGUGUCUUUCUUUUUUGUCUAUUCUAUCGUUUACAUCCCACCGAGAUAAAGGUCCCUUUUUUCAAAAAAAUGAGGAAAUGCUGCUCGAGUCCACUUGCUUUUCCUAGUAAACGAGAUCCCUCCAAACAUCGAAUUUCAGACUUGCUGUCUUACUUAAAAUUCAUGGAAAGCUCGCAUUGACCCAUUUUUCAAAAAAAGAAAAAAAAAAAAAAAACAGUUGACCACCGUCGUGAUCAUGGGGCCACCCAAAAGAGAUGAGCGUCUGCUCGGGUGGACGCCUAUUCUUCACAUGGCUGCUCUAAUGCGCGCUCAAGACGGGUACGGAAGGCAAAACGGUAGCGCUGAAAAAGAUCCUAAUGAAGAACUGCAAAGGAAGUGCAUCCGUUCAUCUUUAUUAUUGCGCGCAACAUUGUUCAGCUACUUUGGCACAUUUUUUUAACUUGUGGACGGUCU